CGGGCGCUAGUACACGCUCAAUGAUGCCAUCCAAGAGAUGGAUGAGCUUUCGUCUGCAGGGCUGAGAUAACUCACAGAGGUAGUAGUUCUUCGCCUUCUUAAGUAAUGUUGCAGCCGCCAGUCAUGUAGGGCUUGUUCGCACUCGCCCUCGCUCAGGCUUAUCUUCCGUGUACGCGUACGCUACCAUGAGCAAGACAGGUCCGCGUCCGUUCAGCAGCUACGUAUGGGACACCUGGAACAAGCCUCCGCAAGAGAGGAAGUUUCUCGCGAAGCUCGACACAUGCCUUUUGACUUACGCGGCGCUGUCCUACUUCAGCAAGUAUCUGGACCAGCAGAACGUUACGAAUGCAUAUGUGUCCGGGAUGCAAGAGGACCUUGGCCUCCAUGGGAACCAGUUGAACUACAUCACAACUGCUUGGACGUGCGGCUAUGUCAUUGGCCAGAUUCCCGCUAAUAUGUUGAUUACUAGAGUGCGCCCAUCGAUAUGGAUUCCGCUCACAGAAGUAGUCUGGAGUGUUCUGACCAUGACUCUGGCGUCUGCGAAGAACUUCAGCACUCUCGUUGCCAUCCGUUUCUUCGUCGGUCUUGCCGAGUCCUCGUUCUACCCGGCCAUGCAAUACGUCACAGGCAGUUGGUACAAGCCUGAAGAACUCGGAAAGCGAGCUUGCAUCUUUCAUACGGCAAGCGCUGUCGGCCCCAUGAUCAGUGGUUUCCUGCAAGCUGCGGCGUACGACGGUCUAAACGGGACGUGCGGCCUCGCAGGCUGGAAAUGGCUCUUCAUCAUCGAUGGGAUCAUCACGGUCCCCAUCGCUCUCCUGGGUUUCCUCAUCAUGCCAGACCUGCCCUCCAACACCAGGCCAAACUUUCUUUAUACUCAAGAAGAUAUCGACAUCGCCAAUCGUCGUAUGGAAGAGAUUGGACGGAAACCUCCUGGUAAAUUUACGAAGAAGAAGGUCUUGAAAUUCUUCACGACGUGGCACCUGUACUUCUUAGUCCUCCUGUAUGUCCUGUUCAACAACGGCGGUAAUCCUGCGGGUUCCAUGAUAUUCUGGCUGAAGAGCUUCAAUACACCCGAGAAGACCGUGUACACGGUUGCGCAGAUCAACACAUACCCGCUACCAAUCAAUGCCGUACAAAUAGUCACAACCCUCACAUGGGCAUGGUGGUCUGACGCUGUGCGGGCGCGUUGGCCGCCUAUGGUGGUUGCCGGACUAUGGAAUAUGACGGUCUGCAUCGUCUUGGCCGCUACACCUGUGUACACGCACAUAACUCGGCGCUGGGUAUUCUACUACAUGACGUCGGUCAGCGGAGGACUGUCCGGACUGAUCCUAUCUUGGGCAAAUGAGCUCACUGGGCAUGACAGCGAGAAACGCGCGUUUGUCGUUGCAUGCUGCAAUACGUUCGCAUACGUCGUGCAGACAUGGUUCCCCACAGUCCUCUUUCCUCAAGUGGAGCAACCCCGCGUCUUCAAAGGAAACGUGGCGACGGCCUGUGUGAACUUCGCUAUGGUUUGUACAGCACUCACUGUACUGGCGUUGUCGCGUCGCGAUGCGCGGAGGAAAGCACGCGAAACGCAGAUUGACGACGAUGUCACGGAUGGCCAUGUCUCGCCUGACAACGACUCCAAACCCGAUACUAAGGACGGCAGCAUCAAGUCAGUUCUGGUGGUUGAGGAGCUUGUAAGAUAGUUGUAUCUACGCCUGAUCACUGUGAAUUAGAGACCCUUGCCGCAACCUCGAUAGCGUUGUGUCUGUUC